UUUCUCUGCGGUCCGCGGUUCCCCUCAGAUUACUGCAGUUGGACUCCAAGCUUCGCUCCUGCCCAGGACGCCGGGUGGCCCUGCCAUGCAGGGGCCUAAGCUCCUCUGGGCAGGCUUGGCUGCUGGGAACCAGGAAAUGGCAGGGUUUCACUCAGUUGCUGGGAUCAGCUUCACAAUUGUGAUCCCCCUGCCUCAGCCUCCAGAUCACUGGAUAUAUCAGGGUCUUUUAAAUCCUCUGUCCUGGACCACAGCUGCUUCAUUUGAUUCCUCACAUUAUGAAGCUUCCAGCAUCUUGGACCAAGCUGUUACCAGUUUCCCAGUGUUGCCAUCCUGCAGGCAAACAUUUGGUGACUAUUCCUCCCAUGAUUAUGAGCCAUUGACAUUCGGGGAUGUGGCCAUUGAUUUCUCUGAGGAGGAAUGGGAAUGCCUGGAUCCUGCUCAGCAGAAUUUAUAUAGAGAAGUGAUGUUGGAGACCUACAGCAACCUGGUCUUUGUGGCCAUGACUUCUCAUCGUCCUCAAGAAAUUUCACCAGAGCAAAGAAUAAAAGAAGGAGAGGGAAGAUAUGGAAAGUCGGCCCUAGAUUAUUUACCACUAAGAAAACAAUGGGAAAAUAUAGAGGUGCCCACCCCAGGUGAAUUUACAUCCCGGUCUUCCUGAACCAGAUUUCUACCAUGGACUCCUUUGUUAGAGUCUGUAAACAAGUCAGGAUGGCGCCUGGCAUUUUGCCAGAGAAAUGUUAGAAUCUGUAAACAAGUCUGGAUGGCGCCUGGCAAAAUGCCAGAGGGAGUGGUUUGUGAAGUAACACCAGCGAGCCAUUAAGUGUGGAGAUUCCUUAUUGGUUGACUGAUGUAUCUAGUUUAUGCUAAUUAGAUAAGCUGUGUGGAAUGUAUAAAUAC